UGGGUCCACGAACGGAUCCCUCGUGCCUCGUCGUAUACACCUUCAAAAACCAUAUUAUAACACCUUUUGACUCAAGUCACAGCCUGUCACGUUCCUUCCAUCACAAACCACUAAUAGACAUCCACGUACACCACCCAUUGGAUACCAAUCAUCCCGUAACCUAACAAACAUUCACCCCAGUCAUUUGAUCAUAAACAACAGAAAUCACAAGGCAAAAAAAUUAACUCCAAAUCUUCCUCCCAAUUUCUCCCCAAUUCUAGAGAGAAAGUGUUCGAACAAGAGAGAGAAAAUAAAAACAGAAUCUCAACCUGUAAAUGAAUCGAUUUCGUGAAGUUUUCGUUAAUUACGAUUUCAAAUUUACAACGAUGAUCGUUAAUCUAUGAAUCUAAAACAGGCACAUCAUUAUAUCCGUUUGUUGAUGGAAUUAACUGACGAUUUGAAGGAUACGAUCUCGAUGAAAUAGUUACUGUAUGACCGAUCGGACGAUUGCUUUUGCUGAUUUGCGUUGAGUUGAUCGAUCGAUUAAUCGUGUAAUUGAUAUAAUAAUAAUAAGAAAAGGAGGAGAUGAAAGGUGGCGAAGGAGGAGAUGGUGCGCUAGAGUGGAAAUUCUCUCAGGUGUUUGGUGAACGAACCGCCGGUGAAGAAGUUCAGGAAGUUGAUAUCAUCUCAGCGAUUGAGUUUGAUAAAAGUGGUGACUAUCUUGCCACCGGUGAUCGUGGCGGCAGGGUAGUAUUAUUCGAGCGGACCGAUAAAAGGGAGGUCAGUUAUCUAAUUCGAUAAAAGGCAAGGUACCAGUCACGACAUUGCCAUCGUUCCUAGCAUCACCAGCGCCAAUCGUAAAUACUCUUCCGCGCGCGCCAUUACCACCAUUAUUUCCGUUUUAAUAUAUUUAUUUCCAUUAACAUUUUCUAUGUUUUACGUUUUAAUCUAUUUUUUGCGAAUUAAAAUGCCGUAACGCAUGUAUGCCGUUCAACAUUUUUAGGUCUAAUUCAUGUUUGAUUUAACGAUUUCGUCGCAACGCACGGGUCCCAAAUACUACUUUUCAUUACUUAAGGGGUUAUUAGAUUUUAAUAAUCCUAAGUUUCGUCUAUUGGCCGAUAAUAAUAUUAACUUUAAAAGUUCUCUCUAACGAUCCCAAUUUGUAAGAAUUUAACUCCCAUUGAUCCUUUUUCUAACAUAGUGCAUCGAAGCCAAUUAAGGAGUCUCGAGAUACACUUGAUUUUAUCGACUAGACUAAAUUCUUAUAUGUUUGAAAAGGAUCAAUGGGAACCAAACUUUUACAAGUUGGAUCAUUAGAGAGAAUUUUUAAAAUUGAGAUUAUUAUUUGCUAAAAAAUGAAAGUUACAAUUAUUAAAAUUCAAUAACUCUUAAUUAGUGUGAAACUAUAAAAAGUUUUAUGGGAAAAUACUCGCCUAUAUCGAGAAGGAAUGCCACAAUAUCCUAAAGUACCCAUUUCUUUAACUACCCAUCUUACAUCAAUCCUUCGAAGCCUCCCUCCUCCACCUACCUGCUCUGUAUACCCUAUUCACCACCGUUGACUCCUCCUUGUUGGGGAAUUUCAGUUUGCUGGAUGAUUAGAUAGGCGUGAUAUCACUCUCAGAUCAAAUUAUUUCGGUGGUUCAUCUGAAUAAUUCAAUCGGAUACAACUCUGAUUUUAUGAGAAAUUGAACCAGGGUAUGUUGGUGUGUCUGUGAAUUUUCGAACCAGGAAGAUGAUCAAAACUGUGUGUACGAAUUUUGGGGAUGUGUAUUAGAAUUCACACCUCCUAACUUGCUUGAUGUGUAUUAUAAUUCGCUUUGAUCACCAAGUCAAUCCCCGAUUACACUAAAAUAUCUAACACUCCUCCCCGGUCAACUUGUCAUCAACUCAUUGAAAGCACCGCCCCUCACACCGCUGUCGUCGUUAUGCUCGUCACAAGAUUCUAAAUACAUCAAUGGCCAGUUCAUCAUCCUCUUCUCACUUUGCAGCCGCCGCUUCUUCUCGAUCGUGUAAAUAUGAUGUAUUUCUUAGUUUUAGAGGAGAAGAUACCCGCAAGACAUUUGUAGAUCAUCUAUACUCUAAUCUUACACAACAUCUAAUCCGUGUUUACAAGGACAAUGAAACACUUCCCCGAGGUGAAUCCAUCGAUCAAUCCCUCUUCGAGGCUAUUGAAGAAUCACGAAUUGCUGUCAUAGUAUUCUCCAAAAACUAUGCAGAUUCUUCAUGGUGUUUGGAAGAACUUGCACAUAUUAUGAAAUGUAAGGAUGAGAGAGAGCUUACUGUUUUACCCAUAUUUUAUGAUGUGGAACCCACAGAUGUGAGAAAUCAGAAAGGGAAAUUUGGAAAAGCAUUUGCCAAACAAAAGGCGAAGAACGUCACCAGAGCUGAAAUAUGGAGAAAAGCAUUUGUUGAUGUGAGUAACAUCGCUGGAUGGGAGCCAAAGAACAUUGCUAACGGGACCGAGGAUGGUAGCUUAACUGGUCAGGCAAAAGGGCUGAAGGGUUCAGUUUUGCCUAACGCAGGUCGCGGGGUCCCUCCACGUUUGCAAAACGUGGAAGGAGGUUCACUAGUAUGAUUGAGAUAUUUGCU